GUAUCAGAAAUCACUUUCGGUCGGAGAGGGUUCGAGCCAGCCAAACCCAUAGCGAAAACGUUGCACUUGAUCCACCGGAUUCAGGAUUUGGUAAUGGCUGCUAUGUCAGCGGUUCUAUCUCUGGGUUUAGGCACACUUCGCCCUUCGCAUCGCUCCUUGUCCUGUUUCGAUUCUCUCCGGUACCAGACAUCUUUUCUCCGCUGCCAAAGUCUCAUCUCUAGAAAUACGACGAGGUCUCCACUCAACAAGAUUCUUCAGGCUUGCCUCCAAUCCAAUUCUGCAAAUGCUGAUGCUUUGGUGUCACCAUCCAAUGAACAUUCUGAGAUUGUAUUUUUGGGUACCGGAACCAGUGAAGGGAUUCCUCGUGUCAGCUGCCUCACUAAUCCUUUGAAAACAUGUUUGGUCUGCUCAAAAGCAACAGAACCAGGAAACAAGAAUAGGAGACUUAACACCAGCAUUCUUGUUCGGUACAUUAGACCAUCCGGGACAAGUAACAUCCUCAUUGAUUGUGGCAAGUUCUUCUACCAUAGUGCGCUUAAAUGGUUUCCCUCCUUCGGGCUAAGAACACUUGAUGCGGUUAUAAUUACUCAUUCUCAUGCUGACGCAAUUGGAGGUCUUGAUGAUCUCCGUGAUUGGACAAACAAUGUCCAACCUCACAUACCGAUUUACACUGCUAUGCGUGAUCUUGAGGUGAUGAAGAAGACCCAUUAUUACUUGGUUGAUACAAGUGUGAUCAUACCCGGUGCUGCAGUCUCAGAGUUGGAGUUUAAAAUCAUACAAGAGGACCAACCAUUUGUGGUAAAUGAUCUAAAGAUCACCCCAUUACCUGUGUGGCAUGGAAGUAACUACCGUUCCCUUGGUUUCCGGUUUGGUAAUGUCUGCUACAUAAGCGAUGUCAAUGACAUACCGGAAGAAACCUACCCGCUCCUUAAAGACUGUGAUCUCCUAAUUAUGGAUGCUUUGAGGCCUGACCGGUCUUCAGCAACACACUUUGGCCUCCCAAGGGCGUUAGAGGAAGUUCGGAAAAUCAAACCAAAAAGAACCCUUUUCACCGGAAUGAUGCACUUGAUGGACCACGAGAAGGUGAGCGAAGAACUGGAGAAACUAAUGGUCACAGAAGGCAUCGAUGUCCAAUUGAGCUACGAUGGUCUUCGUGUACCAAUCUCAAUUUGACUCGGUUUAUUCAUAUUUUUCCCCCGUUUGGUUAUAUACAAGUUUCGGUUUUCUUAAACCGGUUUGAUUAAAACAGCUGGACCACGAGAGAGAGAAACGGUGACGUUUUGAUAAUAGGGACAGUGGCAAGAGGAAGACCAGAAACGGAAAACACGGGAACGGAUGUGUUCAUAAGGGCCGUCUGCCCAGUCGGCGACCAGAUUGCAUGGCUCUGUUCAAGUUACAGUCCAGUUAUCCCAUGGCACGUGUCCCUGUCGGUCCGGUACGGUCCCCCUCGACCGGUCGCUCUCACGCGUGUCUAUUACCGAAGGUGACAGACAUAUGAGAGGAGGAUUCCCUCUUAAAAUUUACAUUAUCCUUUUCUUUCUUAUUAUAAACAAUAAAUGAGAGAGUUCUUAAGCAUUUUUUUUUGAAAUUUCAAAAUUUGUAAAAAAACUUACUGUAUAUAACUAAACUACACUAUUAGAGAGUUUGGCUGUAGAACUA